UUGAAGCUGUGAAUGUGGCAUGCUUAUACAGGUACCGUAAACAUUGAGUAAUUUCAUGACUUGCUUAGAUAAGACUUUAUCUCUAGCUGGUACAGGCUUGAGUUCCCCCUUAGGGCCCCAGUCACCAGCCCUUCGUACUGCUACUCGGAAUUUGAGCUACGGUGGCAUUUUGCUGCAUGUGAAAAAGAUGCUGCUGAAUGUUAGGGCCUGAAAUUAGGGCCUCCUCUCCUUUUUUGUUCUGAGGCUGUUAUGGGAAUAUGUUGCUGGGGACACCAUUUUCAGAACUACAGGUACUUCUUCCGUUGACAUUUCUGCAGUCUUCCUUCCUCUGCUGGCUGCAUCAUUCAGCCGUUUAUGUAACCUUCUCGUGCCCCGUGCUUGCAUGCACCUGGCCGAAUUAGAGACUGCUGUAGCAAGCAAGGCUUUCAGACGUUCUGCUUUAGAGCACACCGCCUUCUCACACAGGGUUUGCAAUGGAUGGGCCUGUCAGUCAUCGCUAGAAAAGCUCUCACACAUUUGGUAGAAUAUAACCAUAAGGCAUAUGUGAAAUGUAUUCAAUGCAGAUGGGAUUAAGCAUAUAAAAGCAAAAUAUUUUGUACUAGUAGAGUGACAAAAAGCAAUCAAGAAGGGCUUAUCGCUAACAUCAAGGAGUCUGAGAAGUGCCUAUUGUUACUCCUAAUGUUUAGCGUUUGUGAUUCAGCACUUCUACUUGUUUUGGUUAAGAGAGUGGGGAAAAAAAAAAAAAAAAAAAAAAAGGAAAGUGUCUUUGCAUAGCUUGACCCGAUUGCUACUGGAGAAAUCAUGGAGCUGUUUACCUUUCCCAUAAUAUCUUCCUUAAAUAGGAAGACAGUUUUUAGAGGCCAAACCACAUGACUCCACAGCAGAAGAGUGCUAAGCCUAGUGAGCACUGCAUAGGAUACUUACUAUUUUGGAAGAAAUGGGGCUCAUACUUCCCGGUAGGCAGCCCACUGAGUGAAGUCAGGUGGAUUUUGGCUUCACUUGAUUAUAAUCGGCUUUGUCCUGUUGUUGAUGCUACCUCAGCCAUACACCAUUGCCACCUUGUCAUCCUGCCACUCAUGGCCAUAAUACCAGCUCAGAAGGGAAAAUGAAGAGAGGCCAUGGUAUGGUGUGGAAGUGUCUUGGCAAGAUUUGGUCAGUCAUUUGAAAUGUGUUUUUCCUCUUCCUGGGGGCUGGAGCUGAGGUCAGAGCUCUGUGCUGUUUCAUACGUAGGGAUCAUUAUUUUUAGAGCAGCAGCAGUUCUUAGCCUCUGCAUGUAAUCUGCUUUCUGUUCCUUCAGAUGGAGCUGUGUGAGGCGUCAAGGUUUGCAUGAACUAUCUGUGGAGCUCAGAGUCACUGCUGUUGAGUAUAACUUGAGUUUUGGAAGUGUGGAUGCUCAAAGCACUGAGUAGUGUGAAAAUUAAAAGCUCAAUGACUGCUGGUGUUCACCAUGUCAAGAGCAAGGGAGUUAAAAAGCUGUUCUCUUACCUGUGAGCAGUGUGCCACUGGGACUGGCAAGUGCUUGUGGUAGAGACAAAUCUUGCAUGUUCUCAGCAGCCAGUGACAGUGUGUACAGAGGGGAUAACGGUACAUUUAAAGGGUGUCAGGGCUCAUUCAUGAAACAUCAACUGAACUGCAUUUGCUUGGUGCUGCCAGUGAGAAGGUUUGCCUAGGGUGUCAUCCCUCAGCUAUAGAUAGCAAACUCAAAGCUCCUUACAGAGAAACCUCUUACCAGUCACUUUCCACAAAUGGUGCAUGUACCCAAAGGUACUUAGUGAAAAUCCUUGAGAGGUAUUUAAUGCAAAAGCAGUUAGUCUCUCUGGUGUGUUUCAGAAGCCCCCACACACCACUGGCAGGGAGAGGUGCAGGGCAGCAUCAGCACAGCACUUGGGCCAGUUCCUUGUUUUCUCUAACCAGGCUCUGCCACCCCAAGAGCUUGCCAAGAUGUGUGACAUGGGGGGACUUGACAACCUGAUUGCCAACACAGCCUAUCUGCAGGCCAGGAAGAGUGGAGAUGGAGACACCAAGGAGAUGCAAAAGAGACGUAAGAGCCUCUCGCUGCCCAAGGUUGAUCAGUGCGGAGAGGUUAGGCAGUCCAUUGCUGCUGAUUAUGAGAGCAUCUGUGAGCAGCAGCCCAUCGGCAAGAGAUUCUUCAGAGACUUCUUAGAGACGGUGCCGGAACAUUUGGUAGCAAGGGACUUCCUAGAUGAGGUGUCAAACUGGGAGUUGGCAGAAGACAAUGUCAAGAGCAGUACCAUGGAGAACAUGAUCACUAACUUUCUUAAGACAGGCGCCAAAAACUAUCUGGCUUUCAUGAGCUCUGACUUGGUCAGCAAAUGCCAGGCAGCCACUGAGAAAGACUAUGAGAAUGUUGUCCAGCUGGCCAAGGAGGAAACCAAACUCUUCCUUCAAGGCAAGCCCUUUCAGGACUUCCAGAGCAGCCCCUUCUAUGACAAAUUCCUCCAAUGGAAAGUUUUUGAGAAGCAGCCAGUAACUGAUAAAUACUUCUAUGAGUUCCGAGUGCUGGGCAAAGGUGGCUUCGGAGAGGUUUGUGCCAUCCAGGUGAAAAAUACUGGCAAGAUGUAUGCCUGCAAGAAACUGGAUAAGAAAAGGUUGAAAAAGAAAGGUGGAGAGAAGAUGGCACUACUGGAGAAAGAAAUCCUGGAGAAGGUCAACAGCCCUUUCAUAGUCACAUUAGCUUAUGCCUUUGAGAGCAAAAGCCAUCUGUGUCUUGUCAUGAGCCUCAUGAAUGGAGGGGAUCUGAAAUACCACAUCUACAACGUGGGAGAAAGGGGUUUAGAAAUGAACAGGGUAAUCUAUUACUCAGCUCAGAUCACCUGUGGGAUUCUGCAUCUCCACUCCAUCAAGAUCAUAUACCGGGACAUGAAGCCAGAAAAUGUCCUCCUGGAUGAUAACGGUAACUGCAGACUCUCUGAUCUUGGAUUGGCAGUGCAAGUAAAAGAGGGAAAAACCAUCACUCAAAGGGCUGGGACAAAUGGUUAUAUGGCUCCAGAAAUCCUGAAGGAAGAAAAUUACAGCUAUCCUGUGGACUGGUUUGCUAUGGGAUGUAGCAUUUAUGAGAUGAUUGCUGGGCGAACACCAUUCAAGGAUUUCAAAGAAAAGGUCGGUAAGGAUGAGGUUAAAAGAAGAACUCUGGAAGAUGAGGUGAAAUUUGAACAUGCCAGCUUUACAGAGGAAGCAAAAGAUAUUUGCCGACUGUUUUUGGCUAAGAAAACAGAGGAUCGUUUAGGAAGCAGAAAUGAAGAUGAUGACCCAAGAAAACAUAGCUUCUUCAAAACAAUAAAUUUCCACAGGCUAGAGGCAAACCUUAUUGACCCUCCAUUUGUGCCAGAUCCAUCUGUUGUCUAUGCCAAAGAUGUUGCAGACAUUGCUGACUUCUCUGAAGUACGAGGAAUUGAGUUUGAUGACAAAGAUAAGAAAUUCUUCAAAAAGUUUGCGACAGGUGCUGUCCCUAUACCCUGGCAGGAAGAAAUUAUUGAAACUGGACUGUUUGAAGAACUGAAUGAUCCCAACAGAGUAGAUUCUGGAGGUUAUGCAAAUGGCGGUGAAGCUAAGUCAGGAGUUUGUUUGUUGUUAUAAAUAACAGGUCAUUAACAAAAAGAGUAGAAACCACCUCAGAACUUUCCAUAUUCUGACACACUGUCAGAAGCUCAGUGCAUCUGUUUAAGAAGAACCAAUCAGUGUAAUGUGACAUUGACAAGCUAUGUAGACCACCAGCUUUAUAGACUAUAUUAUUUUCCUUUGCUUUAGCAAAGGGGAUAUCCUUUGUUUUAGCAAAGGGGAUAUUUUUGUUUUAUUGGAGACUUACCAAAAUGAAGAACCGUAUUUGUCUAAAAACACUUAGAAUGAUAGAAAUUCUGAAAUACCGAAAGCAAUAAUAGAGUGAAGAGGCAACCCCUUUUGAAAAUGACUGACUGUUCCAUUUUGGAUACAAUCAUUUAUUGGUUUUCUUUCUAUUUUCUUGUUAUUUCUACUAAUGUUUUCUCUUUGUUGUAAAGUUUUCAGGACAGAUUUUUUUAAUUUUCAAGGAAUAUUCUCAGUUAGACAAUGGAGCUCAUAAACCAUGUCAAACUUGGAAUCUUAUUGUCUUGCCAGUCUGUCUGUAGUUGUCUUAAUUUCUGUUAGUUUUUAAAUGGUUUGAUUGUCAUAAAAUGUAAAAGAAGGCUCUACAGAUCACUAGGAAAUGGGACUUCCAGGAUCAAACUCUUCUUAAAGCUGAUUUUAACAAAGUGAAGAUAAGAUUGCACCAAUUUAAUUGAAUAAAACAUCUAUUUAUUAUUAUUAUUGUUUUAAGUCGUAAUACCAUAUACAAAGAAAAUGUAUUUAUAAGUGAAUACGCAUUCUUUUUGACAAUCAAUUUCAACCUUUUUCAGGUUUCCUGAUAGUAUUUCUGUAUUUGGGUGAUAAAUUAAACUGUAAAUAGACUAAAGCAAUUUGUAACUGGCUUUUUAUAAUAAAUAUAUUUUAGUAUAAUAUUAAUUCAGUCACAAAUACAAAAUAUAUUCACGCAAGUUGACACCUACAACGGUUCACUGAUUCUCAUGCAAAUUUUGAUGCAUCUGUUUGAUUUUUCGGUUUUAUGACAACCUAAAAUGAAUUAAUUAAAAGCAUUUUUGCAAAUA